AUGCGACAAUCUAAGGGAAGAGACUCCAUCAUAGUCGACGAGGAUAUCGAUGCAGAGCCCUCAGCUUUAAGUCCUAAAAAGCAGAAGAAGAGCAAGAAAGCGAAGAGGAGAGUCACCGAUGAGGCUCCUGGUGCAGACGUUCCUCUUGGAGAAGUAGCUUCUCUUGGCGAGGCUUCUAAAAGCUCGAAAGCGAAGAAGAAGAAAGAAGGGAAGAAAAGGCCCCGAGAAGGGGCCACUUCUCCCGCUGAUCACGAUGAUAUGCCAAGAGAAGGACGAGAAGCCACUCCAGAAGAUCUCGUCGGGGCAGAUCCAAUUGAAGCGGUUCCUGAGGAUCGCCCUAAAAAGAAAACGAAGAAGAGGUCGGUUGAAGCGGUGCCGCGGCCAAUUACUGACGGAACCACUCCUGUUGACUCUGCGGGAAGAAAGAGUCUUUCCCCCGGAACUCCUCUAGAGAAGAGAAGAAAAGUCACAGCGUCAGAAGGCAGUACUAGGAGCGAGUCUACAGCGAGCGAGAGGUCUGCUCCUGAUUAG